CGCAUUUGCGAGCGCAGCUGUACUCCGAGUUGGACGCAAGUACAGUGACGCAUUUUCGAAAAAUACUUGCUCCUUGCUCCCGCACCCUGCCUGAAUGCAUCGAGUGUUUCUUUAAAAACUCGAACCGAAUUGAUGUCCGGGAGAGCGUAGCUCAGCGACCGUCCAUGUGAGCCUCACUCACUUCCUGAACAGUGGAAGCGACAGACAAACGGAGGGAGGGGGAGAGAGAAGGGGGCGAUCGAGCGAGCCAGCAGACAAGGAUAGGGGCCUGGGAAAUUCGGACUCCUCAACUUUGCAUCCGAAGAAAUAACGCACCGCCGAGAACGGGAGCUGCCUGCUUUUAUGGAGGAGAGACAUAGCGGAUACCCCCCCAGUUGGCCCUGUCCCCACUGAAGCCCCCCCCUCCCACGGUCACCAUGGCGCAGCUCAUGCACGUGGAGAUCCCAAACUUCGGCAGCACCGUGCUGGGCAGUCUGAAUGAGCAGAGGCUGCAGGGACAGUACUGCGAUGUGUCCAUCCUGGUGAACGGCCAGACCUUCAGGGCCCACCGCGCCGUGCUGGCGGCCAGCAGCCUGUACUUCCGGGACCUGUUCAGCGGCAGCUCCAAGGCCCAGUUCGAGCUACCGUCCUCAGUGGCGCCGGCCUGCUUCGGGGAGAUCCUGUCCUUCUGCUACACGGGCAAGCUGACCAUGGCGGCCAGCGAGCAGCUAGUGGUCAUGUACACGGCCGGCUACCUGCAGAUCCAGCACAUCGUGGAGCGGGGGAUGGACCUUAUGUUCAAGGCCAACUCCCCACACUGCGACUCGCAGACCGUUGCCCCGGACGACCCGGGCUCCGCCCCUCACAGCCCCACCCACCUCCCCGCACCCCCGCUGGGCCCGCCCGGCUGGUCGCCCUCAGUGCCCGUGAGUGGCCGGAGGAUCAAGCAGGAGGCACCGGAGCCCCCAAUCGGAGUGCCAGGUGUGGCGCAGAGGCGGGGCGAGGGGGGGGCGCUGGGGGGCCGGCUGCAGAGGGGCAGCUCGCUCUUUUACGCGGGGGUUGGGGGCGGGGCCAUCUUCCCCGGCCUGCAGCCCUACCCCCUCCCCUCUGGGGGGGGCUCCAGCCCCGGGGCGUCCAGCCUGCCCACCACCGACAGCCCCACCUCCUACCAGAAUGAGGAGGAGGAGUUUGAGGAGGAGCCGUACGACGGCGGCGUGGGCGAAGAUGCCUACGGGCAGCUCUACGGCCGCUCCGCCUCCUACGGCGGCCAGGACAAGUCGGAGGUGUCGGCCAUACCCCUGGCUCUGGAGAGCCGCUCCUGCGUUCUGAUUCGCCGGGACCUGGUGGCCCUCCCCGCCAGCCUCAUCAGCCAGAUCGGGUACCGCUGCCACCCCAAACUCUACACCGAGGGCGACCCCGGGGAGAAGCUGGAGCUGGUGGCAGGUACGGGAGUGUUCAUGACGCGAGGACAGCUGAUGAACUGUCACCUGUGCGCUGGGAUCAAACAUAAGGUGCUCCUGCGUCGCCUGCUGGCCACCUUCUUCGACAGGAACACACUGGCUAACAGCUGUGGGACAGGAAUCCGCUCCUCCACCAGUGACCCCAGCAGGAAGCCACUGGAUAGCCGUGUGCUCAACGCUGUCAAACUCUACUGUCAGAGCUUCGCCCCGAACUUCAAGGAGAGCGAGAUGAACGUGAUCGCGGCGGACAUGUGCACCAACGCGCGGCGGGUGCGCAAGCGCUGGCUGCCCAAGAUCAAGUCCAUGCUGCCCGACAGCAUGGAGGUGUACCGGAGCGGGGCAUCGCUGGGCGUGGCGCACCUGGUGGGAGGGUCCCAGGCCAGCCUGACCCUGCCCUUUGAAGCUGACUUCAAAGGCCUCAUGCCGUCCGGCCUGACCUUUGAGCAGCGACUCUACGGGGAGCACAAAGAGACGCACAGAACUCACUUACAAUUGGCCGGGGGCAGCCCGGGGGCGGGGCCUGUGGCAGAAGGGGUGGAGCCUGAGAUAGGCGGGGUGCAGGCGGAGGAGGAGGCGGAGGAAGAGGAGGAGGAGGGGGUUUCUCUGGAGACCCCCGAGGGCACGGCCGCGGUGACCCCUCUCAGUCCCGGGGACGGGGCGGGGGGCGAAGGGGGAGGCGGCUGCCAGCCCCCCACGCCUGACGGACAGCAGGGGGAGGAGUCCGGGGGGGGGCUGAGGGGGAGCGGCCAGUGAGCGUCCCCUGGCUGCCAGCAAGCUGUCCUGCACUGCUGUGCCCUUCCAAAGGGAGCAACGCAAACAUAAGGCCAAAUACAUACACCUCACACCUGCAUACAGGCGCAUGCAUGUACACAAACACACGUGCACACACACAGUCAUCCGCAUGCAUGCACACACACACAG